AUGGCAAGCUUCAAACCCAACAGAAGACAGUUCAUAACGAUCCUCAGCAUCAUCUACCUCCUCACCCUAACAAUCCUCGCCGCCUACGCCCUCCACCUCAGCAACUUCUACUCCCUUCCCAUCCCCAACGUCCACACCGCCCUAACCGUCGCCCUCCCUCCUCUGGCGGGCAUAGCCAUCGAGCUCCUAACCUCUUUCCAAAAUCGCCUCACCUCCAAGUGGCAGCUUCAGACCUCCAAAAUCUUCCAAACCGUCAACGUCUUCUUCCUCAUCUAUGAGACUGUCCUCGCUACUUUGGCUGGCACGCACAUUUCUCCUUUGGGAGGGCUGUGGUGUCCACUGCAUGAUAAGUGGAUGGAGAUGUUUAAGACCAAGGAUGGUGUGAAUGUUGCCCGGAUUCAGGACGCGUUGCAGUGUUGUGGGUUUAAAGGGGUUCAGGAUAUGGCGUUUCCAUUUCCGGACCACAGUCAUGGGAGUGAUGCGUGUGUGGUGCGGUAUGAAAGGGAUGAGGCGUGUAUUGAGCCUUGGAGGACAAUGGAGAGGAAAGUCGCGAUUAUUUUGUUAGUUGUGCCGGUUGCGGUGUUCUUGUGGAAAGUUGCGUUGUUUGUGGCGUUGGAGGGAGGGGACGCCGGGUGGUUACCGAGUGCGAUUAGGUUGCCGAGAGAUGGGGAAGGGAGUGGAGAGGCGAGAAUUCGGCCGGCAAUCACGUUCAGGGAUGUGGAGGAAGAGGGUGAGGCGGAUAGUUUGAGGGAGGAGGUGACGAGAUUGAAUCAGGACAGUAAUCUUGCGACGCAUGUGGUAGGGAAUAGCAGUAGGGUGAGACCCAGUCCGUUGAUACAGCAGGAGAGUGGGGAGAAUAUGUGGGCGAGGGAUUGA